AUGGAGGCCAUCACAAACAAAGUUCAGAACCUUAUGGGCAACGUCAGCGGGGCUGCUGCUGGAGCAUACAGCGGAAAGACUGCUCUUCUGCUCGGUGCUGGUUUCGUCACACGACCCACUGUUGACGUCCUCGCAAAGUCUGGUGUCAAGGUCACAGUAGCAUGCCGUACUAUUCAGAAGGCUCAAGACCUGGCUAAGGGUAUCCCAAACACCAAUGCCAUCAGUCUCGAUGUCAACGAUGCCGACGCUCUCGACGCUGAAGUCGCCAAGGUCGACGUCGUAAUCUCCCUCAUCCCCUACACAUACCACGCGACCGUCAUCAAGUCCGCGAUCCGCAAGAAGAAGAACGUCGUCACAACCUCCUAUGUCUCCCCAGCAAUGAUGGAGCUCGAUGCUCAAGCCAAGGAGGCCGGUAUCACCGUCAUGAACGAGAUCGGUGUAGACCCCGGUGUCGACCAUCUCUCUGCCGUUCUCACCAUCGACGAGGUCCACAAGGCCGGUGGCAAGAUCCUCUCCUUCAAGUCAUACUGCGGUGGUCUUCCCGCACCGGAGUGCUCAGACAACCCGCUCGGUUACAAGUUCUCGUGGAGUUCCCGCGGUGUGCUCCUCGCCCUAAGGAACCAGGCUGCUUUCUACCAAGACGGCAAGGUCAAGUCUGUUGAGGGCCCCGAGCUCAUGGCCGAGGCGAAGCCAUACUUCAUCUACCCCGGUUACGCGUUCGUCGCGUACCCCAACCGUGACUCCACACCCUACAAGGAGCGCUACAACAUCCCCGAGUGCCAGACCAUCAUCCGUGGUACACUGAGAUACCAAGGCUUCCCAGAGUACAUCAAGUGCCUCGUUGACAUUGGUUUCUUGUCCGAGGACCCCAAGGACUUCCUCAAGGAAGGCGAGAAGCGCACUUGGCGCGAUGCCACCGCCAAGAUCAUUGGCGCGACCAGCGACAAGGACGAGGACCUCAUCUGGGCCAUCUCCUCGCGGACAAAGUUUGCUAGCACAGAAGAGAAGGACCGCAUCAUUACCGGUCUCCGCUGGAUCGGUCUCAUCUCCGAUGAACAGAUUGAGCCCCGUGGCAACCCUCUCGACACCCUCUGCGCUACUCUCGAGAAGAAGAUGCAGUACGAGAAUGACGAGCGCGACAUGGUCAUGCUCCAGCACAGGUUCGAGAUCGAGAACAAGGACGGCAGCAAGUCUGUCCGUACAUGCACACUAGUCGACUACGGUGACCCCAAGGGCUACUCUGCCAUGGCCAAGCUUGUCGGUGUACCCUGUGCAGUUGCCGUACAGCAAGUGCUUGACGGUACCCUGAGCGAGAAGGGCAUCCUCGCUCCCAUGAGCCCCGAGAUUUGUGCUCCCUUGAUGAAGACACUCGAGGAGCAGUACGGUGUUGUGUUCAAGGAGAAGACUGUCCCUUUGUAA